AGUCGUGACGGGCGGUUCUGUGAUGUAUCGCGCGGGUUGCCGUAGUGAUGAUCUCUGUCACUCCUUCAGUGAUUGCUACCAAGAUGGCUGCUGCGUAUACAGAGAGCUGCCCGGUCGCUGCAGGCUGAUAGAGACAUUGGGGAAUUCGAGAGACGAAUUUAGCAACUCCUGAAAAAAGUGCAAGCGCCCAUCUUCGACUAGCCAUGGUGGGGCCCAUGCACAGAUAGAAAAACACCAACAUUCGCCCCCAACAUGGAGCCUAGCGCGCUCAGCAGGCAAGACAGCCUAUCAGAAGACGCAGCUUCAGGGAGUUUGGAAGUGGAAGAGUUUUCAGACGACCCAAAUGUGGAAGCUUUCAGCUCCUCCCCACCAUGCACACCCCGUCAGGUGAAACGCAUGUCCGGAAAACACCAGAGGAACAGCGUGGCGAAAGCAGUCAGCCGAGCACCAAACAGAGAAAAGAUGAGUGCAUCAAACCAACCCCUGCAUAAAGAACCUAACAAAUCCAGCGACAAUCCAGAGGAGCACAGUUACAAACACGGGAAGAAGCUGCGUGCCAACAUCAGGUCAGCCCAACGGGACCAUAAGAAAACCUUUGAAGGCUCUUUCAUUCUCGAUCCUGGGUCUCUGACUAAACCCACGAUUCCGAGCAUGGAUCCCCGCAAGCCUUACCUGAGCCUGGGCUGCGUCAGUGGAAAGCUUCCUGUUCCCAUACCCGUGCCCCUAGCCAGGACAGCCCGGCAGACCUCUCGCACAGACUGCCCUGCCGACCGCUUAAAAUUCUUUGAGACCUUACGGCUUUUACUCAAGCUUACCUCAAUCUCUUCGAAGAAAAAGGAAAAAGAGCAGAGGGGUUUAGAAAACACCUCCUUCAUGGGUCUGAACAACGAGGUGAUCUGGCUUGAGCUGCAGGCGUGGCAUGCAAGGCGCACCGUCAAUGAUCAAGACUUCUUUCUGUUCACAGCUCGCCAAGCCAUCCCCGACAUAAUUAGCGAGGUCUUGCACUUUAAAGUUGAUUACAGAAGCCUUGCUAGUCAAUCUGAGGACAUGGUCCUUGAUGGUACUGAGGGAGAAGAGGAGGAGGAGGAGGAGGAGGAGGAGGAGGGUGAUGCUGUUCGCUGUAGUAGGACUUCAGGAAUCAAUGCCAUGGGCCCCUCCUGUUAUCACGAGCACCACCAGCGCCAGCGGCUGGCUUUCGAGCAGGUGAAGCGAGUUAUGGAGCUGCUGGAGUCAGUAGAAGCACUUUACCCGUCAUUGCAGACCCUUCAAAGGGACUACGACAAGUACGCAGCCAAGGAUUUCCAAACCAGAGUGCAGGCACUCUGUCUGUGGUUGAACAUCACCAAGGACCUGAACCAGAAGCUUAGGAUUAUGGGGACUGUUUUGGGGAUAAGGAAUCUGUCAGACAUUGGCUGGCCAGUGUUUGAGAUCCCAUCCCCCCGGCCUUCAAACGGGAAUGAGGAUGAAGACGACGAGGAGAAAGACUCUCUGGCAACGUACACAGAGGUCAGCGAGGGAGAGGAGCUGCCAGAGGAGGUGGAGGGGGGAGAGACCACCCUCAACAACCAUGAACACAAGCCCAAUUCAACAGGCGCAACCCCCAAACUAGAGAGACUCAUGUCAGAGGAUGAGAUUGCUCCUUUCGGAGCACAGGAUUACACUAGUGGGGCAGGUAGCAGUAAAUUCUGCCCCACAUCGAUUUACAGACCCUUUGUGGAUAAAGCACUGAAGCAGAUGGGUCUCAGGAAGCUGAUUUUGAGGCUGCACAAACUUAUGGAUGGGUCUUUGCAAAGAGCGCGCUCAGCACUAAUAAAUGAUAACAAACUACAAGAGGAGUUCUCAGAGUUUCCAGAUCCCAUGCUGUGUAGCGAUUACUUGCCAGAGCUCACUAAACACAUAUCAGAUGAGGCUCCUUGCUCGGAAGAGAACAGCAACACGGUGUCGUGGGAUGAGCUGGUGGCCAUGGACCUGCCCUCCUUUGAGCCUGCCUUCCUGGUGCUGUGCAGAGUGCUGCUUAAUGUCAUACACGAGUGUCUCAAACUCAGGCUGGAGCAGAGACCGGCUGGAGAGCCUUCGUUGCUCAGUAUAAAACAGCUUGUAAGGGAAUGCAAAGAAGUCCUGAAGGGCGGCCUCCUUAUGAAGCAGUACUACCAGUUCAUGUUGCGCGGGGUUGUUGCAGAUCCUCAGGGACUGCAGAAAAGCAGCAACAUUGAUGAAUUCGAAGAGGACCUGCAUAAAAUGUUAAUGGUUUAUUUUGAUUACAUGCGAAGCUGGAUCCAAAUGCUACAGCAUUUACCUCAAGCCUCUCACAGCCUAAAGAACCUUCUAGAAGAUGAGUGGAACUUCACCAAAGUAAUAACACCCUAUAUCCGGGGAGGGGAGGCUCAAUGUGGGAAGCUUUUUUGUGACAUAGCAGGGAUGCUGCUGAAGUCUACUGGAGACUUUGUGGAGGCUGGGCUUCAGAAGAGCUGUGAUGAAUUCUGGGAGAGCGCAGAUGACAGCACGGCUUCGGACGAAAUCAGGAGGUCAGUGAUUGAGACCAGCAGGUCACUGAAGGAGCUGUUUCAUGAAGCCAGGGAGAGGGCAUCAAAAGCACUUGGAUUUGCCAAAAUGCUCAGAAAGGACUUGGAAAUUGCAGCAGAUUUUAUUGUGUCGGCUGGUGUGCUGGAUCUUCUGAGUACACUUAAGACAAAAGGUUAUGUAAAGGUCCAAGUCCCAGGAUUGGAAGACCUCCAUGUCUUUAUCCCUCCCAGCCUCUCCAUGCAGAGGCCUCUUAUUCUCCAGCUCUUGAACACAGCAGCGGGGAAGGACUGCUCCAAGGACUUGGAUGACAUGAUGGACGAGGCGUAUUUACUAAUGAUCAAACAGAGACCCAGAGAUGGUGAACAGGGGGAUAACUGGAGCUUGUGGGAAGGGAAGCAGGUCAAGGUAGUGCCUCAGGUGGAGACGUUGGACACCUUGAGAACCAUGCAGGUUGAUAACCUGCUGCUGAUAAUCAUGCAGUCAGCUCAUCUGGUGGCCCAGAGGAAGGCUUUCCAGCAGUCUAUGGACGAUCUGAUCACCUUGCACCGAGAACAGACCUCGAGUCAGCCUGUCAUUGCCAAAGCGCUGGAACAACUUAAGAACGAGGCGUUGCAGCUAUGCAACAAGAUAAUCAGUGCUAUUGAUCGUGUCGAGUACAUGUUUACUUCCCAGUUUGAAGCUGAAAUUGAUGAGUCUGAAUCUGCCACCUUACAUCAGUACUACAGAGAAGCCAUGAUUCAGAGCUACAACUUCGGUUUUGAGUAUCAUAAAGAAGUUGUGCGCCUGAUGUCUGGUGAAUUUAGACAGAGGAUUGGUGACCGAUAUAUCGCCUUUGCCAGAAAGUGGAUGAACUAUGUUUUAACAAAGUGUGAAAGCGGCAGAGGUACAAGACCCAGGUGGGCCACACAGGGCUUUGAUUUCCUUCAAGCAAUUGAGCCAGCCUUUGUGUCAGCACUGCCUGAAGAUGACUUUCUGAGCUUACAAGCAUUGAUGAAUGAGUGCAUUGGCCAUGUGAUAGGCAAACCCCACAGUCCUGUCACAGGCUUCUACCUGGCACCGAAUCGUAACAGCCCUCGUCCCGUCAAAGUCCCUCGCUGCCACAGCGAUCCUCCAAACCCACACCUUAUUAUUCCCAAUCCAGAGGGGUUCAGUUCUAGGAGCCUCCCGUGUGACCUUCGGAACCAGUCGAGCACUACUGUCACCCGCCCCGCCCCAGUCACUGGGGACCCUAUUCACCCCAAACCUGUCAGCAGCACUAAUGACAUCAGAGGCACCAACCUGCCUGAAAACGACAGGCUCACUUCAGUUGCUGCCGAGCUGCAGUUCAAAUCCUUGAGUCGACACUCAAGCCCCACUGAGGAUCGCGAGGAACCCACAUAUCCGAAGGGAGACCCCAGUGCUACAGCACGAAGGAGCUGGGAGCUGCGCACAUUUAUCAGUCAGUCGAAGGACACGGCUGCGAAGCAGAGUCCCAUGGAGGCUGUCCGGAAGUCACUCAAGCAGUUCGAGCAGGAGAGGUACCGGAUGAUGAAGCAGAAGAACAUCAUCGGCCAAGUGUGCAACACCCCCAAAUCCUACGACAACAUCAUGCACGUGGGGUUAAGGAAAGUCACCUUUAAGUGGCAAAGAGGCAACAAAAUAGGUGAAGGGCAGUAUGGGAAAGUAUAUACAUGUAUUAACGUUGACACUGGUGAACUGAUGGCAAUGAAAGAGAUCAGAUUCCAGCCGAAUGAUCACAAAACGAUAAAAGAGACAGCGGAUGAAUUAAAAAUCUUUGAAGGCAUCAAGCACCCCAACCUGGUUCGGUACUUCGGUGUGGAGUUGCAUCGGGAAGAGAUGUACAUCUUUAUGGAGUACUGUGAUGAAGGCACUCUGGAGGAGGUGGCAAGGCUGGGCCUUCAAGAACAUGUAAUCCGACUCUACAGCAAGCAGAUCACUACCGCCAUCAAUGUGUUACACGAACACGGCAUUGUGCAUCGGGAUAUUAAAGGCGCCAACAUCUUCUUGACAUCCUCUGGAUUAAUUAAACUGGGAGAUUUUGGAUGUUCAGUGAAGUUAAAAAACAAUGCCCAGACUAUGCCUGGGGAGGUAAACAGUACGCUUGGAACAGCAGCUUACAUGGCUCCUGAAGUGAUUACAAGAGCAAAGGGGGAAGGACACGGUCGAGCUGCGGACAUCUGGAGCCUCGGGUGUGUUCUCAUAGAGAUGGUCACAGGCAAGCGUCCCUGGCACGAGUACGAACACAACUUUCAGAUCAUGUACAAGGUGGGGAUGGGCCACAAACCCCCCAUCCCUGAGAAGCUAAGUACAGAGGGCAAGGACUUCCUUACUCACUGCCUGGAGAGUGAGCCAAAGCAACGAUGGACUGCCAGCCAGCUCCUGGAUCAUACAUUCGUCAAGGUUUGCACAGAUGAAGAAUGAAGUUGAAAGUGGCCCUAACAAUCUGUUCUGACAAAUGGGAAGAAAAUACAAAUCACUACUGUAUGUAAUAUUUACAAAGAAUGUCUUCAGAGUUAAGGAUAAGCUAACCACCCGUCCCAUUUACAGAGAUCAGCAAGCCCAACUGGGCAGCUGAGAUACAAGUCUUUUAUGUUUGUUCACUCUUUUUGUACAUAAAGCUGGAUUGGUAAUACCUGUAUAUAGAAUUGUAAAGCUUAAUAGCCAAGUAAAGACUUGUAAUGCAGCUGCCCACUACAGCAACAAGGGUGCAAUUAGAUUUUUUUCCCCCAACCCAUAGUGCUUAAAAACAGUAAACUGGCUUAUUAAUUGAUCGUCCACAAACCACCAGGACUUCUCUGAAUCACACAAUCAACGGCCAUCAGUCUGAAGAUUUUAUUUAUUUAUUUUUUACCUGGAGGCAGUUACUAGGUCUCAUUUUGCUCUGGUGAAACCGGCCUCGUGUACACAGUCUUUCAGGGUUUUGCUUUUGGUCUGAUCAAGUUUGGUGCAUCCUGGCCAGUUGAGGAUCUUGAAAAAUAUGUAGCACUAAUGGGGCAAAUGGGAGCCAGGAUUAUAAUACAACAAAUGGGAACCGUGACCAUACUGCCUUCUAACCUGCUGCACAGUAUCAAGGGCCACCUUAUUAGAAGUUAGCCUGUAUUUUAUGGACCUGCACUGUGACAGACAGGACCUGGGCAGCAUUAACAGACCUGGGUGGUGGUCAAGCUUAGGAGCUUGUACCCUUGACAUUGACUGAAGACUGCACCGGUGACUGGAAAAUGUCACGAUACACUGCUGCUCAUGUAUAAUUAUCUGGCACAUGUUUGCUCAUUUUAAUGUUGUUUGCAAUGUAAAAUAAUAAUAAUAAUAAUAAUAAUAAUAAUAAUAAUAAUAAUAAUAAUAAUAAUAAUAAAAGAAUAUAAAUACAAAAAAAAUUGCAUGUUUCAGUCAAAGUGCUAUUACUACUGUAUAUGGACCAUCUGUGGUUUAAUGAUAGCGCCCUUGUUCAAGAGAACUGAAUCCAGACUAAUCUGAUGUGUUCUGACCUAUGGAAAGAGGAGGUGGUUCUGUUAAAUAUUUUGGACUGUGUAAGGUGUUUUUAAGCUCUCCCGUUUUUGUUGUGCUACACACCUAUUUUUAAUUUGUACAAACGCACUGACUUCUGUGAACAUGUUUUGCCAGCUUCUGUAAGUUUGUUCUGCAAAAACUGAUCAAAUAAAUACUUUUUUUUUUCAAUAAAUUGUUUAUUUUAGGAAA